AUGGUGCUGGUAUCAAAAUGGGCAGACGCUCCGGAGGAGAAACCCUCUGAACAGAAGUCGAGGUCGAAGAAACAUGGGUCUUGGGGCAAGCGAGACAGUAGGAAACAGCAGAAGGGCGAUGGUAAUGGUAACGGUGUCGGCAACAACAACGACAACAACAGCGGGAAACAGCAGAGGGGUGACGGUAACAAUUACAAGAGCCGGGGUAGUCCAAGCGUCUCACAGGGUAGGCUCCCCGGAGUGAAACCCGUGGAGAGGCCACACACUGCGCCGUCCGCCCUACCGACGCUUGGCGGACACACGAUAGGGAUCCCCGCAGCAGAUGACGUGAAGAGCAGUGGCCGGACGAAGUCACCGGUGAAGCGUGUCAGCGAGCGACCUGUCACCGCACCUUUAAAUAAAGGACCAAAAUCCAAGGCCAAACCGGCCAAUGAUCCAAAGAAAACGGCACUUUUGAGGGAGAAGUUAGAGGAGCAGAGGAGGAUUUUCGCUGAGAAGGAGCGCAAGAGCGAGCAACAGAAACUGCUUGACGAUUUCCUGAACGACGACAGCACGUUGAACUGGGCCGACGACAUCGACGAGGACGACCAACAGGAGGCUCUUCUCGAAGGGAUUGGCUCUCUGAAAGUAUGA